AAAAUGUUCACUUCCGGUUUCGUUUUUGCGCUUCAAACGAUAUUAAUUGUGCAAUGUCAAAGUCUAGUAAUACCCGUAGUAAUAAGACUUCCUCGUCAGAAGGAUCAGUGUCAAGCAAAGAUAAAUUCAAGCAGACGACAAUGGGCAACUCUGAGAGCACAGAUGAAUCGCCGACACAGAGAGGACGUGCGGGAGGUGGAAGUAGACACACGUUUAAACCGUCUUUCUUUAGGAAGUGGAGUGACAAGGAUACAGAGCAGUACAGACUGGGAUACCCUGGGAAAAAGGACCAUCCAAAUCAGAAAGAAAAUCUGCUGUUCUACACAGGCAAGAUGCCAUCUCACCCUGAUGGCGAUUAUAUAGAUAAUAUCCAUGAGAACUGGUGGGGAGAUUAUCGGCUUCUGGAAUCACACCAUGGCUACAUACAGUGGUUGUUUCCCAUCAGAGAGUCUGGUAUGAACUUUUAUUCACAAGAACUACAACUCCAUGAAAUUGAGAAAAUGAAGGAAGAUAAGAAAGCCCUGGCUCGUGUGCUGAAGUCGUACAGGUUGAUGCUGGACUUCUAUGGUAUGGAGCUGGAGAAUGAGGAAACAGGACAAAUUAAACGUGGUGAACACUGGAGGUCACAGUUCCGUAAUCUCAACAGAUCAUUUCAUAAUUAUCUGCGGAUCACUCGGAUUCUCAAGUCCCUAGGGGAGUUUGGAUAUGAAUAUCUGAAGCGACCAUUCGUGGAAUUUGUCCUGCAAGAGGCCUUGGAGACAGGCGAGCUAUCUAAUGUCCUGGAGAGUUGCGUAAACUACUGGAUAGGAACGCUUAAGGACGAUGGUGUACGCGCACAACUAUUGGAUUACAUUAGAAAAGUUGAGAGUGGGCUUGGUGAGCAAGAUACACCUGAGGCAGAUGAAUCGGUGAUGGAGGAGGAUGAAGGUAGAGGGGCACAAUCCCACGGAAAAGAUAGCACGUCAAGAACUUCUAAGGGUGAAUCGAAUUGGAAUGAUUCUAGAGCAAACACAAAUAAAUCCCCAGAUGUAGAUGUUGAGUUUAGUGACGAUUCCCACGAGGGGGAAAUGUUGGCAAAAGCAGAUUUGCUUGAAUCAGCUGAUCGUAAUGUGGACACUGGGAGUAGUGUAUGUGACACCAAUGUGAAGGGUGGUCCAGAGGAGGUUCAAAUGGAGGUAGGGGACAGCAGUACAGGGGAGUCGAACACACAACCACAGACAGCUGAAACACAGCCGCUCAGUCUCAGCCAGGUGUGAAUCUCUUAUGGGACAGACCAACUCAUAUCACGUGUUACCAAACUUUUAUAUUAGCGAGACUUUAAUGAUUUAUAAGCUAGAAUAAGUUUAAUGGGUAAAUCAUGUGAUAACUAAAGUGUGAUGAGCACAUCAUGUGGCAGUUACCAAAACAUUCAUAUUCCAUGUCUUUACUAAAAGUCUGGUUGCAUUUCAGAAUCCUUCAAAUAUGACAUUCAAAUAAGCAUUAUUCAUAUUAUUAUUUUGAAUAUAAAAAAGAGCACCUUAAGGAGGGGUUCAAAGUUCAACAGAAUCUAUAAUUUGUAUUUAACAUCAAGACUUACGUUUUAGAACUUUCAGGACUUCAACUUGUAUAAGGAUGUGUAGAGGAGUCUUGUAUAAUUAAGAGAUCAAGGUUCAACACAGACUUAGAUGAGGAUGUUGGAAAACUCUUUUACAUAAUAAUGAAACCAAAGCUGUUCAUAUUGUAUUUCUAGUGGAUGAGGAUGUGGAAAAAAUAGUUUGCUUAAUAUUGAAACCAAACCUGUUCAUAUUGUAUUUCUAGUGGAUUUGAUUUAGUUUCAAGUUCAAACAUGAGUUAAUCUUUUACUUACAAAUGAUUAAGUGGGCAUUACAAGGAACAACGUGCCUGUUGUUAUCCUAAAAGUUAUCCUAAAAUAUUGAUAAUAUGCCCAAUUCGAAAUUUGGCCAACUGGCAGCAAUUUGGAACAAGCCUAGGAUUCCUAGCAGACAAAAACUCUUGAAAAUAAGCUGGCUUUGAAAAUUGUCAUUAGUUAUUAAACAAUUGUAAUAUAAAAAAUAUGUAAAUUGCGUGUAUUUAGACAAAAUAUAAAUUUAACAAAAACAGCAGUAUACAACUUGAUUAGGUAAAUUUAGGAACAAACUGUAUUAAUUUGAUAUUAUACUUAUAUGUAAAUAAAAACAAUAUCACAAUCAGUGACCAAGUAGUUUUAUGUUUCAAUUAUGUAUUUCAUAUAUAAAACCAACCAACUACUGGUCUAAAUGGCAUCAAAAAUAGGAUAGAUGUUAAAAAAAGCCUUAUUUGAAAAUGAGCCUAUUUCAUUACUAAAAAGGAAGUUAUGGCUUAUAAAGAUUACAGGUUAUGUUGUAUUUACCUUGUGUGUCUGUUCUAAUGUUAGAACUCACAUUCACCUAAAAUAUAUAAUAAGGGGAACAAUACAGGCACCAUGGACCUCUUGUUGAAAUAUAGUUGACUUUUAUUCGCAACUUUAAAGAAAAUCUUUAAAUUACUUAAUCAUUAAUACAUAGGUAAUAUCUAGUUGACAGAAUUCAUUGAGAAUCAAUAUUAAGAGUUUAAAGUUAACGGUGUAUCUGUUGAUGUAAACCAUAUUAAUGUAGUAGGACGCAAAGGAAUAGUGAUAAAGAUAGUGCCGUCGCUGGGGCUCGAACCCGCAACCCUUGGCUCUCCAACCCGAUGCUCUACCGCUGCUCUAAAAGGAAAUUCCCCACACCUGACGUUUUACAUUAAAUAUAAAAAUGUUUUGGGAGUUACCUCCCUUCUGAUUAUAACCGCUUCGUAUCCUAAUUAAUUAAUGGUAGUGGCUUAGCAAAUUGAACAGUAGCUUGACAAAAAUUCUACUAAGCCAUAGAAGUAAUGUCCCGUGCUCUGGGAACUCCUUUUAGUCUGAUUAUUAACAAGUAUACCGUAACAGUUUUAUUUGCUAAUUAUAAGAUUAAAAGGCCCUUAAACGAGUAUCUGAGGACAACACGCUACGUGUAUAAUGUUCCGUCGGACUAAAAUUUUCAAGAUUUGUUUUUCUUUUUUUUCU